UUUGUUUUCUUUCCUCAAUGCUUUUAUUUCUUUGACCUACCUACGCACCUUCUUGUUUCGCAUCAGAUGGCAGAGUCAAACUCAGAGGUGGAGAAAGUAGUACUUGGCAAUUUCGUUCAAGAUCUCAUUUUGACUUCCCAAGAGGUUCAAACAAACUAUGUCUACAAGGAAGGUGGUGUUGGCUUUCGCGAUGCUCUUGAUUCCGGGGGUAUUCCAGUCAUUGACCUUAGCCUCCUCACUUCUCCUUCCGAGCUCACAAAACUCCACCAUGCACUCUCCUCUUGGGGUUGCUUUCAGGCAAUAAACCAUGGAAUGUCAAGCUCUUUUCUUGACAAAGUUAGAGAAGUUUCAAAGCAAUUUUUUGAACUUCCAAAAGAAGAAAAAAUGAUAUAUGCAAGGAAACCAAAUGACAUGGAAGGAUAUGGAAGUGAUAUUAUAUAUUUCAGAGAUCAAAAGCUUGAUUGGACAGACAGAAUAUACCUCAAAGUGCAGCCUGAAGAACAGAGAAACUUCAAAGUCUGGCCAGAAAAACCCAAUGAUUUCAGGACAACUGUAAUAGAGUAUACUGAAAGGCUAAAAUUGCUAAACGAAGUGAUUUUGAAGGGCAUGGCAAAGUCACUGAACUUGGAAGAGUACUGUCUCUUGAAGGAAUGCGGAAACAAAGAUACAAUGCUCUUGAGAUUCAACUAUUACCCUCCUUGUCCUAUGGCGGAUCAUGUCCUCGGCCUGAAGCCGCACGCCGACGGAUCAACUGUUACUUAUCUUUUGCAGGAUAAAGAAGUUGAUGGCCUCCAAGUCCUCAAAGAUAAUCGUUGGUUCAAAGUUCCCAUCAUCUCUGAUGCUCUCCUAAUUAAUGUUGGUGAUCAAGUAGAGAUCAUGAGUAAUGGAAUAUUUCGUAGCCCAAUCCACAGAGUAGUUGUAAAUGAAGAAAAGGACAGGCUUACUAUAGCCAUGUUCUUCACUCCAGAUCCAGAUAAAGAGAUUGGACCAAUUGAGCAGCUAGUGAACGAGUCAAGGCCAAAAUCAUACACACCAGUCAAAAAUUAUACCGAUAUUUUCUUCCAAUAUUACCAGAAAGGAAAAAGAGCAAUUGAAUCUUCCAAGAUUCAACUAUGUGAAGCUGAAUAGUUUUCCUAAUUUAAGUCUUAUAUAUAAAGAACAAGAAAACACACAAUUUUGUAACUUUAUGGAUCUGCGAAUUCAAUGUAUGUAAAGUUUGAUAUUCUUGUGUUUGUUUGAAAAGAGUUUUGAGGAUGAAUGAUUUGAAUAA